GCAUGGUUUUGGAUUUUCUCCACAUCGUCACUUACAAUGCUUCUUCCAUUUUUCCUCAUCUAUCCGUUUAUUUUUCUAUACAGCCUAUGGUAUAAAUAUGUCAGCAGCAACUGGUUGGAAAUCACCAUUGCUAAGAUAUAUUUUGCCGGACAUUUUCCAAGACUUUCAAAUCCUAGAAUAGGAUUACUGAAGAUCCUUGGCUACGAAUAUCGGGAUGAUGCUUGUCAUGUCUCUAUCGCUGAGCUAGACAUCACCCUCUGGAUCCUUCCGCAGUCGUUACGCUUUACGUCUGGUUCUCUCGCAACCGUGGAGAUACAUGAUUUCCGGGUCCGCGUUUUCUCAUCCUCAAAAACACCAAUAUGGCUGCAGAAGCUGCGUCGAAACCUCGUUUUCACUGUUCUUAAUUGCCACACCAUCCGUCUCGACGACCUUCUCACCGAAGUCGUUCUCAACGACGAAAGUGAUGAAACCAGAAUAUCAGGCUAUUCUAACCAAUGGCAUAUCCAUAACGUAUAUAAUCAACGGAUGUAUGCUUUUGGACGGCUGGACGCCCAAUUGCGGCGUAAUUGGCUCGAUGAUCAUGGAUCAUUGGCAUUCAUCGCGAAGGAAUGUCGGUGGAUCAAGCUUCCUACAUUGCAGCAAAGCGAGUCUCGUUGGCAGUUGAGCCCCUUCUAACACCCGAAUUUUAACCAUCCUGAAUAAUCAUUGUCUAGGUAUUUGCCUUAUCGCACCAUCUCUUUGUUUCCCAAGAUCUUUGACCCAAUAUCCACGGUCGAUAUCUAUAUAUCGCGGACGGACAUCACUUUCGAUUAUUUCCGUGUACGAGAUGUCGGGUUGUUCCGUCAAGGAGCCGUGAUGUUCAAGCUGAAGAUUGAGAAGCUGCGGCAAAGAGGAUCACUGGAGAGUUUUACU